AUGUAUCUGGGCGUUGGAAAAGUGAAUAUCUACACUCUCUUCGCUUUUGUUUUCCUAGCCUCACUUAUUGGCAGGUCCAACGCGUCGUUAGGGGACCACCUCCCGGACUUCAGAGAAUGCGUCCAGGUCUGUAAAACGGAAAACUGUCAGGAUGGGAAUUCAGUCUUACCCUUGCACCACCGUUUGCUACUAUGGACCUGCCCUGCCGAAUGUGACUACACCUGUCAACAUGUCAUUACCGACCGUCGAGUUGCGCGUGACCCUCCAAUGAUCAGCCCGAUCGUACAGUUCCACGGGAAAUGGCCGUUCCGUAGGCUUUUGGGUAUGCAGGAGCCCUUUUCAGUGCUCUUCUCCUUCUUCAACUUCGCCGCGCACUGGCACGGCAUGUCGCGUAUCCAGGAAUCGAUUCCCUCCUGGCAUUCACUCCGCCCGUACUACAUGAUGUUUGGGUACAUUGGUCUUGCAAGCUGGAGUUUUAGCAUGAUCUUCCACAUUCGGGAUUUCCCCUUGACCGAAAAGCUGGACUACUGGGCGGCCGGGGCCAACGUGCUAUACGGACUCUAUCUAUCUGUUGUCCGAAUCUUCCGUCUGGACCUUGAAACUACUCCAUACCGGCCAACCCUCCGUCGUCUGUGGACUGCUAUUUGCAUUUUGCUAUACACGUUACACGUGUCUUAUCUCACCUUCUGGUCCUGGGAUUACACUUACAACAUGAUAGCCAACGUGGUGGUUGGUAUUAUCCAGAACCUCUUGUGGACCGGGUUCAGUAUCUUCCGAUACCAAAAGUAUAUGAAGUCUUGGACCGCCUGGCCUGGUAUGAUUGUGGCGUGGAUUAUCUUGGCCAUGAGUCUGGAGUUGCUCGAUUUCCCUCCUUGGAAUGGGCUGAUUGAUGCGCACAGCCUGUGGCAUCUGGGCACAGUUGUACCCGCUGUUUGGUGGUAUUCGUUCCUGAUCAGGGACACACAGGACGAUAUUGCGGCGCAUAGGCUGAAGGCAUAG